CGGCCUGAGGGCUAAACAUUGUAAAUUACAAGUUUUAGCUGGGCGGCGAGGGUGGGCCACCUUCUGUGAGCAUCUUCAGCUGUGUCUUCCUCCUGCCCAAAGUUGACAGGCAUGGCUGCAGACAAGGGGUGCAUCCGGAGGUUGCAGAAAGAAUUCAAGCAGUUGUGCAAGGAACCACCACCAAACAUCAAAGCGAAACCUUCACCCGACCAGAUACUUGAGUGGCAUUAUGUCUUGGAAGGAAGCGCUGGCACUGCCUUUGAAGGUGGUGUGUACUGGGGCAAAGUGAUUUUCCCAAAAGACUACCCAUUCAAGGCCCCGAGUAUCAGGAUGGUCACUCCCAAUGGCCGAUUUGCCCCCAACGCAAAGAUCUGCAUGUCCAUGACAGACUUCCAUCCAGAGACCUGGAACCCCAUGUGGUCCGUUGCCAGCAUUCUGACGGGGUUACUUUCUUUCAUGAACGAUGACGUUUUGACGUCGGGCAGCGUAAGUUCCACCGCAGCAGAAAAGAAGCAGCUGGCCGCAGUCUCCUUAGAAUGGAAUUUGAAAAGCCCUAUCUUCAAGAAACUAUUUCCGGAAUACGUGGAAGAAAGCGAGCGGCGAAAAGAGAGGCAACGAGCAGAGGAGCUGAGGGAACGAUCGAGGAAAGAGAGCGGGCAGUCUGGAACGCAGCAAGGGGCUCCUCAAGAUAGUCGAAGCAAGCAAGGUCUGCCACUGUGGGCAGGUGCUGCGAUUGGGUGCGUUUUGUUGGGCAUCAUCUUGUUGCCAGUAUUGACAUUGGAUUUUGCACCUCCUGUAAAGUAAAACGGUUCAUCAGCGGCUGCGCUUUGGCUUCCUA